GCGAAAAAUCAAAAAACAAUCAGUUGUUGUAACGCGCUCGGUUGCAAUGGUUGUUAUCAUUCAUUAUUGAGAAACUAACAGUGUUUUUAUUAUUAUUACUUAAAGAUCUUUUAUGUGUGAAGAUCUGAAACAGUCAUAACUGGAGACAGCUUGAAAAAAAUGCCGGAGAGUCUCUUAUGACGAAAAAGAACUGAAGUUUCCCGAAAUUCGCCACAAUGACAACAUCAAACAGUUCAGUAACGAGUGUCUACGACCGCCUCUUCGUAGAAUUAGCCGAUCCCAGAACAAAUGAUUGGUUCUUAAUAAAGAGCCCCAUACCAGGACUGACCAUAAUAGGACUAUACCUUUACUUCACACUAAAAUGGGGUCCCAGGUACAUGGCCGACAAGAAACCCUUCCAACUGCAGAAGACCCUGGUGGUUUAUAACUUUUUACAAGUUCUUGUCAGCAUCUUCUUGUUUUAUGAGGGUCUCGACGCAGGAUGGUUGAGAACUUACAGUUGGAAAUGUCAACCAGUUGAUUUCUCAUCAACACCGGAAGCUAUGCGGGUAGCAAGAGGCGUCUACAUUUAUUUCCUUGCGAAAAUGACUGAACUACUAGACACGGUAUUCUUCGUAAUACGAAAAAAGGAGAGACAAAUCACAUUCCUCCAUUUGUACCAUCACACAGUGAUGCCCAUGAUAUCAUGGGGAGCUACGAAAUAUUACCCCGGGGGCCAUGGGACAUUGAUCGGAGUUAUUAACUCCUUCGUACAUAUUAUUAUGUACUCAUACUACAUGAUGGCCGCACUGGGUCCGAAAUACCAGAGAUAUCUGUUCUGGAAGAAAUAUAUUACGACGAUGCAAAUGCUUCAAUUCUGCAUCACGUUCAUUCACUCCUCACAACUUCUGUUCUACGAGUGCGGAUACCCACGCUGGUCGGUUGUCUUCACGCUUCCAAACUCCAUCUUUUUCUACUAUCUCUUCUACGACUUCUACUACAAAGCAUACGGAAAACCAGUGAAGAAGGCCAUUGUCGCAAAUGGUUCAGUGAACGAGAGCAAAACAAACGGACUAUCGAUAACCAAUGGUGCUAUACCAAAUGGUUCACACAACGGAAUAGAUAAAAAAAUCGAAUAAAAAUUAUUGCGCUUUUAUAUUACAAAGUUUGUUAUAUAUUGUGGAAAUUACAGUUUGCUUUAAGCGAUAUCAAAUACUCUGUGAACAGAAAAGCGUCGCAGACAAUAGGCGAAUAUAGUUUGACACUGCGCUUGGGGUCAUUCACCCUUAAAAGGUCAUGAAUCAGAGUUUGACCUAUCAGAUGUUUUUUGCGUUGCGUUCGUUCUAAGGAUGUGAAAUUUAAACAAUUGAAUUUAACUGAUGUUAUUAAUUCGUACGAUAAGUUCACAGGUUUAUAAAAUUGUCCAAUUUUAUUUACGUUAUAUUAAAAGUCUGGCUAAAUCUUGGUACAUUUUUGGUUAAAGUGCAAUUACUAAGAUACCAAUUAUAUAUUGUAAAUAGUACUUAAAACGUGUAUAGUUAAUAAUUAAAUUUGUACAUGAAAGGAAAAAUUAAGGUGAAUAAGGGAGGUAGGAUUUAGACAUUAAAUACAAAAUAAGCUGAGUCAUGUAAUACUUAGGAUAUUUUAUAAUUUGAUUGAGUUACCAACAUCAAAAAUUAUCCAUUAAGUAUAUUACCAUAAAGAAAUAAUGUAAGAAAAUUAUUUAUUGUGUGUAAGUUAUUUUCUAUACAUUAUUUCACAAUUAUCUUUGAGAAUGUAAACAACUUUUUGCAGUGGUGAACCUUUUAUUGAAUUUCUUAAUUGAAUAUCAAAUAUCUAUAAUAUUCAUCAAACCAUUCAAUAUUUCUAAUAAGUUACCCUUAGGUUUUAUUGUACAUAAAUUAGAAUAUUUUUAUCAACUACAGCUCAAAAUCUUUUUUCUUUUUUGUUAGUAAAUGUUAUGGUGCUUUAAAGUAAUUCUACUUAUAAUGCCUACUUAAAGGCAGUUUAUACCUUAACGAGUUCCAUUAAAUAGUUUUAAGAAAAACGGCGAAUUUAAGGUAUUUACGAAGAAAAUUCUUUUCUAUAGAAAUCUAAAGUCUUCCAAGUGAUCAAUUUAAAAACGAUCGCUGUAUUCGAUUUUUUUAGACUUAAUAACAACGCUUCAUGAUUAUUUAAAUAAUAAUUCACGUCUAUACUGCCGAUAAUAUAUUGUCGACUUAUAUGUACGUGGUAUAUUUGCGCAUGUAAUAACAGUAUUGAUAAAAUUUUCAUGUAGUGUCUGUAAAAUAAGAGUUAUACCAUA